UCUCUCCAGCUUCAAGAGCUUCAAGAGCUUCAAGGGUCCCGAGAGACACCUCCACUUCAAGAAUCCCGAGAGACACCUCCACCUCAAGAGUCCCAAGAGACUCCUAUACCUCUACCUCAAGAGUCCCCUCCAUUUCAAGAAUUAUCUCUUACCUUCACUCACUCAUUACAGGAACCACCACCAAUAUUAAUACAUCCAUUACAAGAAUCUCAGUCUAUAUCAACUCAUCCACUUCAAGAAACAUCAACACAUGUCGAAUAUCCUUCUACAACUCCAUCAUUAACUGCACAAAUGACUAUACUUUCUAAUGAUAUACAUAUUUUUCAACGUGAAUAUUUACCUUCAUAUUAUUCAGCGAUAAAAGAUAUGCCUCCAGUAUAUAAUCCAAAUGCUAUCGAAGAAAAUAGUACAACUAUAACGAUAGCUCCUAAUAAUCAAAAUGAAACUUUUCAACUUGAACCUCAUCAUAGAAUUGACCCUUUUCAAAUAUUUGAACCCAUUCAACCUCAGGAGAACACAUUAUGGGCUAAACGAUGUGUUUGUAAUAUUAUGGUUGUUUUAGCUAUUUUUAUUUAUAUAAUUGUAUCAUUAAGUCGUACUGAUGGAAGAUGGGUUUAA